UCCGAUCCUUCCACAGUGCGACAACCUAGAACUACCGCUUUAGAUGCGUUUUCAGAGAUGGUUAGAGAUGUCCAGUCAGACCACGGCACCGUUUUCAUGCGGUAUGAAAAGAAACCCCCAUCUUACGACUGUUGUUCUCAGCCUUUCGGAAAACCCAGCCUUUCAUGUAAACAGGUAGGCCUAAUUGCCUACAUCAGGAGCAACACGUUUUCAUUUCCAAGCUCUAAAAAGAAUGCAGACCUCACAUUAAAACUAAGUAAGCAGCUGUUGCAGAAGGUGGCCAAGGAGAUGAAUAGAAUAUCAAAGCCUAAGUUACAAUGCCUGGUGGACAGCAUCGAUGCAGACUAUUGGAGCAUAGAGCAGUGUCGUUCUUUCAUCCUAAAAUGGGCAGAGGAGUUGAAAAACAUACAGACCUCAUCGAGGAGUGAAAAGCAGUGGUGUGAAGAGAAGACUCUCUCUGCCAAUCAGAAGGACCUGAAAGAGGCCCAUAGAAUACUCUACAGGUGGGCAGCAAGCCUUAAGGCCGUUAAAGAGGACUCUGUGCAUCCUUCAGAGGAUGUGAGGGGUGUGUUGGAGGAUCUGGGGAGGGAGUGGAAGAGGGGUCACCUGACCAACAUGCUGCCUGCCAUGGACUUCAUCAUGUGGAGUGUACUGAAGGAUACAUCAACACAGACCUGCAAGAUUUCACCUGCUAUGAAAUUAAAUUCUCACCUGCCUGUCCUCACCAUGGUCCACUAAAAUCAACUGUGGGAUACCCAAGGUGCAUAAAUAAUAAUAUAAUAAUAAUAAUAAUACAUUGGAUUUCUAUAGCGCUUUUCAUGGCACUCAAAGGCACUUUACAGAUAGGUCUAUAACAUAAAGAUAAGAAAAAUAUACUCACAAUCAAAGGCAUACAGACUCAAUAUAAGUACAAAACAGGGACAGCAAAAUAGGCGGCAGUGGAAAGUUUAAGUCCAUGAUGAAUGGAACAGUCACGUUUGGUGGAGAUGAUAAGCAAACCCCACAACAGGAGCAGCGAUGGAAGGUCGUGGGGAAACGAAAAUACGGAGCCUACCAUCGUGGGGGGCGAGCUUGGCCGAGGGAGGCAGGUGAACAAGCAGAUGGAAAUGCCGUGGACGGGGCCGCCAAGACGCUGGUUAGGGAGUCAGCCAUGGGGACAGCCGUGGCCUAGUGGUCAAGGACAUGGGCUUUAGAUCGGAGGGUUGCAGGUUCGACUCUCACCCUUCCACUUCUUAUCGCACUACGUAGCGGUGGUGCACUGCUCCAGGGACUGUAACCAAUACCCUGUACUUAACAUAAAUGUGAGGCACUUUGGAUAAAAACGCCAGCAAAGUGUAAUGUAAUGUAAUGUAAUGUUAAGUAAAAGUAGAAGUACUCUUACAGUGUAUCUACCUCAUUAGGUAUGGUGCAGUAAGUGGUGCGUAAGCUACAGUAUGUAAGAUGAUUUACUACAUCAGUAAGAGUUCUUCUACUUUUACGUUAGGCCUAUAUAAGUCUGCCUGACACACCGCAGAUUGUUAACAAAAGACUACUAUGAAACCCAUUGCAUCACUUUACAAACAAACUAUUAAAGUUUUGAACAUACGUCCGUCUCAAUUUAAGCAUUGUGACAUUCUGGACAAGUGUAACUUGCUCAGUUUUCACAACCUCCUUAUUAUGAUCUGCGCCUUGUGCACAACAUGUUCCACAGUUCUGCUCCACCACCUCUGAAAACCUUAGCAGAACAACUAGAUAUAGCACCAGGGGCACCAAUCUGUUUUUUCCCUUUAGAUCAUCAAAACAAUGGAAUGCCCUUCCCACCCACAUAAAAACAAACAUUGCAAAUUUAUAUUCCUUCCUAUGUACAGUAUAGUGAAGAAAUGGCUUUCAUGUAACUAGUCUUGUAACCACAAAUAUAUUUGCACAUGACUGUUUUGACAUUUUGCACUUGGAGGAUUGUUUUUGCAUUAUGACAUUUAUUUUGUGUGUGUGUGUGUGUGUGUGUGUGU